GUGAUGAUCAAGUUCAAGCGAAUCAAGCCCAUAUUACAUCACACCCCUCAAAAUGCAGGCAGCUCUAGGCAUUGCUCCGGCUCUUCUCCCUUUGACACCCUCCAAGAAGUUCACCCCACUGACCAGUUUUCCUCCCAAGUUAACCGCCUCACUUGCUGCCCGCUUUACCCCAAUCAAAGCAACUCCCGAGUCCUCUGACACUGCUACAGUUGAUUACAAUUCCACAACCUCUGUAUUUCCUGCAGAAGCCUGCGAGACUAUAGGUGGAGAAGCCUGCGUGGCAGACAUAUAUCCUGAAGUAAGGAUCCAACCAGAGGCCAGAAACAGCACACAAAAAAUUGCUUCUGAGAAAGUUGAGAGAGAAUAUCUCGAGUACAAUGAUGCAAAGACGGUUUUCCAAGGCGAGGCUUGUGAUGAUCUUGGAGGAGCAUUCUGCGACCCUGAGUAUCAGGAGGGGGUCUACUAGAGGAAAGCUUUGUUUAGAAAUAUAGGGACCUUUUCAACUUGUAGAGUUGAAUAUAUAUGCUUCUACGUAGGCUGUGUAACUGAAUAAAUUUCUCAACAAUAUACUUGUACUCAAAGCUGUGUUACUCUACA